CCCACAGUCCAAAGACAUGCAGGUUAGGCUAAUUGGAGAGUCUAAAUUGCCCGUAGGUAUGGGUGUGUGAGUGAAUGGCGUGUGUGCCCUGUGAUGGACUGGCGACCUGUCCAGGGUGUAUUCCUACCUUUCGCCCAAUGUAUGCUGGGAUAGGCUCCAGCCCCCCUGCAACCCUAUUCAGGAUAGGUUUGGAUAAUGAAUGAAUGAAUUUUAAAGACCCUAUAGUUGCAUAAAAUACAGGUCAUAUCUCAUUAACAUGAACCUUGAACUUGAACCUUGAACUGUAUUAGUGAAAAUGCCAUGAAACAGAAAAGAUAAGAUUGCAAUAUGGGAAGACUCCUGCAGAAUUUGGGCUUUUUUGACGUGAGUUGGACCUUGACCAACAUCUCAUGAAUGACAGAGUUGUGGUUACUGGGUGUGUCUAAAUGGCACGAUAUAUACAUAGAAGGCAAGGUUGGGAGAACUAUCUCUGUUCUUUUCCUAGUCUUGUAAGGGCACACAGGUUACAAAUCAACGAAAAAUGAGUCUCACUGCAAAGGAUAAGACUUUGGUAAAGGGAUUCUGGAACAAGAUCAAAGGCAAGGCCGAUGGCCUAGGAGCAGAGGCCCUGGGAAGAAUGCUUGUCGUCUACCCUGCAACCAAAACCUACUUUGCUCACUGGCCUGACCAGGCACCUGGCUCUGACCCUGUCAAGAAACAUGGAAAGACCAUCAUGAUGGCUGUUGGCGAGGCUGUCGGUAAAAUGGACAACCUUGUUGGUGGACUGAGUGCACUCAGUGACCUGCAUGCUACCAAACUGCGCAUCGACCCUAGCAACUUCAAGAUAUUGUCCCACAACCUCCUUGUGGCGUGUGCAGUCAACUUCCCAUCUGACUUCACUCCUGAGGUGCAUGUGGCUGUGGACAAAUUCCUUUGCGCUGUGUGUGCGGCUCUGGCGGACAAAUACCGAUAAGAUAUCAUUCACUGAGCAGCUUUGCUAAUCUUUCUAUCAGGCAAAUUCAAUUUCAAAGAAUCAAAGGAAAAUAGAGUCUAGAGUCAAUGUGUUUGUAUCCCAUGCUUUUAAAACAGUAUCACUGUAAAAAUAAAUAAAUAAAUACAAUAAAAAAAAAAAUAAUAAUAAUAAUACCACACAAA